AUGCUAAGGUUUAGAAGGUUUAGCUCAACCUUAAGACAGACAGAGAAUGCUUUAAAAAAUUAUAAAAUUGGUGAUUUAAUUAGUGGGUAUCAGGUUAAUAGGGUAGUACCGAUUCCUGAAUUACAAAUUACAGCCAUUGAUUUAAUUCAUUCGAAGACUGCUAGUAAACAUUUACAUAUCGAUACAGUAGACACUAACAAUGUGUUUUGUGUGGGGUUUAAAACCAACCCACCUGACUCUACUGGUGUUGCACAUAUCUUGGAACACACAACAUUAUGUGGUUCUAAGAAAUACCCUGUUAGAGAUCCAUUCUUUAAAAUGUUAAAUAGAUCACUGUCAAAUUUUAUGAAUGCAAUGACUGGGCAUGAUUAUACUAUGUACCCCUUUGCUACAACUAACUCGAAGGAUUUUAAAAAUUUACAGGAUGUUUACUUAGAUGCUACGUUUAGUCCACUUUUAAAGCAAGAAGAUUUCUUCCAAGAAGGCUGGAGACUGGAAAAUAAGGACGCUACUGAUAAAGAUAGUGAUUUGAUUUUUAAAGGUGUAGUUUAUAAUGAAAUGAAAGGUCAAAAUUCAAAUGCUGAUUAUUAUUUCUGGAGUAACUUCUUGGGUAGUAUUUACCCAAGUUUAAAUAAUUCAGGUGGUGAUCCUAAAAGCAUUACCACUUUAAAAUAUGAAGGAUUAAAGUCUUUCCAUAAAAGAAACUAUCAUCCAUCAAAUUCAUUGACUUAUUCAUAUGGUAAUUUCCCUAUGGAAGAUACAUUGAACAAAUUGAAUGAAAAAUUUUUACAGUAUGAUAAAGAAGUUCAUGACUUAGCACCUUUAGAACCAACUAAUUUACAAAAUGGCAAUAUCAAUAUUUCUAUUGAUGGGCAGUUUGAUCCUAUGUUACCUGCCGAAAAACAAACUAAAAUAUCAAUAAGUUGGAUUUGCGGGAAUCCAAAAGAUACCUAUGAGACUUUUAUUUUACGUAUGUUUAGUAAGCUCCUUAUUGGUGGCCAUUCAAGCCCAAUGUAUCAAAGAUUAAUUGAAUCUGGGAUUGGGAUGGACUACUCUGUAAAUACCGGGGUUGAGAGCAUUACUUCUGUGAAUCUUUUCAAUAUAGGUGUUCAAGGUGUGGAAGAUAUAGAAAAAUUCAAAGAAGUUGUAUUUGAUGUAUUAAAAAAUUUUGAAGAUUUUGGCAGUAAAAAAAUUGAAGGCAUCUUAAAAAGCAUUGAGAUAGGGAAGAAACAACCAAAGAGUAACUUUGGGAUGGAAAUUUUAUAUUCUAUCUUACCUGGUUGGGUUAAUGGAAUAGAUCCGUUAAAUGAAUUAGAGAUUGAUAAAGUAUUAACUAGAUUUAGAACAGAGUAUGAGCAAAAAGGUGAUGAUAUAUUUAGAGAAUUAGUUUCUAAAUACAUUAUUGGCAAAAAUACAUUUACUUUUUCUGUGAAAGGUAAUGAAAAAUUUCAAGAGGUUAUUGAUGAAGAAGAAAAAAUCCGAUUAAAUAAUGCAGUGAUAGAAUUAACUGAAAAAGAUCGUAAAGAUAUAUUUGAAAGAGGUAAAAUUUUAGUGAAAAAGCAAGAACAGAAGGAUCAAGAAAAUAUUGAAUGUUUACCAACUUUAAAAAUAAGUGAUAUUUCAAGAUUGGGUAUUAAAUACGAUCUUACAAAUUCAUUAUAUAAUGAAAGUGUUAAUAUCCAAGAUAGACUUACAAACACAAAUGGGUUAACAUACGUUAGAAGUAAGCAAUUGUUGAAUAAAAUAAUUCCUGUAGAACUGUAUAAAUAUUUGCCAAUAUUUGCAUCUUCAUUAACUCAUCUUGGUACCACAAAAGAAUCUUAUGGAGAUAUAGAAGAUGAAAUUAAAUUUUAUACAGGUGGUGUGAGUAUGAAUGUUAAUGUCAUUAGUGAUCCUAAUACCAUGGAACCAAACUUGUAUUUUAAGAUGAAAGGUUUAUCAUUAAAUAAUAAUAGUAAUCAUAUUUUCAACAUUUGGAAUAAAUUACUUUACCAAACUGAUUUUCAAAAAAAUUCAUCUAAAUUAAAAGUUUUAAUUCGUAAUAUUAUGACCAACAAUGGAUCAAUGAUUGUGGAAAGUGGACAUUCAUUUGCCAGAGGAUAUGCAGGUGCAUUUUUCAGAACUAGUCGGUCCAUUCAUGAAGCAAUGAACGGUAUUGAGCAAAUCAAAUUUAUCAAUCAUUUAAACGACAUUCUUGAUAAUGAAAAAUUAUUUCAAGAAGAGAUCAUUGAUAAAUUAAUUGAGAUUCAAAAAAUAUUAAUUAAUGAUAGUUUUAAGAAUACUGAAUUUUUGGUUACUAGUGAUACGUCAUCGCAAAUUGGACAAGUUAAGACACAAUUAUAUGAAUUUGUGAAGGGUACCUUCUCUAAUUCUAGUAACUCUACUUUAAAUUUGAAUCCAAGUAAUUUCCCUCUUUUACAAGGUAACAAGCCAGUUCAUAUUCUGAUUCCAGCUCAAGUUUCAUAUGGAGCUUUGAGUUUACCUGGUGUUUCAUAUACUAAUCAAGAUGGUGCAUCUUUACAAGUAUUAUCUCAAUUAUUGACUACAAAAUACUUGCAUAAGGAAAUUAGGGAAAAGGGUGGUGCAUAUGGUGGUGGUGCCACAUAUGAUGCAUUAAGUGGUAUUUUCAACUUCUAUUCUUAUAGGGAUCCAAAUCCAAUACGAUCCAUGGACAUUUUUGCCGAUGUCACAAGUCAAGGUAUUACUUGGGAUAAACGAGAAUUAGAUGAAGCAAAGAUGAGCAUUUUUCAAUCUGUAGAUGCUCCUGUGGCAUCCAGUAAUGAAGGUUUAAUUCAAUUCUACAGCAAUAUUGAUAAUGAUAUGAGACAGCAUAGAAGAGAACAAUUAUUGGAUGUAACAUUGCCAGAUAUUGAUCAUGUUGCUGAAAAAUAUUUGGCCAAUGCUCAAACGAAGAAAGUAGUAUUGGGCCCAUCUAAUGACGCAUUUUCUAACGCCUGGGACGAAGUUUCCCUGUAG